UUGCUAUCGUUUCGCAUCAGAUUCAGACAGCAAUGGCAGCUGCACCAGAUGCAACAGCUGUGGAACAGAGCCGCAGCUCCCUUCCCACGAAGCUCCUCGCGUUUGCGCUCUGUGCCGUCUUCACCUUGUCUUUCUCUCUCAUCUACUUCCACUCCCCUCCUCUCGUCAUCUCCUCCGCCAAUCUGCUUGCCCAAUUCCAAUCACGGGGACUGAGCAGGACGAACAGACGAUCCUCCCAUUGAUCUCACACCUCCUCGAGCUGUUUGGAAGCAAUGCGACUACAGUGAUGGGAGGUGGGUGUGGGACGACGGGCAUGGCGGCGGCGGCGGCGGCCGCCGGUACGACAGCGAGAACUGCGACAUGAAGAUGACGUACAAGUGCGUCGUCAACGGCAAGCCAGACGGCGGGUACCUGCACUGGCGGUGGCAGCCGGCGGGGGCAACCUCUCGGCGCUCGACCCGGCGGCGUUCUUGAGGCUCGUCAGGGGCAAGCGGCUGGCGUUCGUCGGCGACUCGACGGCGCGCAACCAGGCGGAGGCCCUCGUGUGCCACCUCGCCACGGUGGCGCGGCCGGUGACCGUGCGGCGUGACGAGGAGCGCCUCGGGCGGAAGUUCUGGCGGUGGUCGUUCCCGGCGCCGCACGACGUGAACAUCUCGACGUACUGGUCGCCGUUCCUGGUGCGGUCGGAGGGGCACUCCGAGGACUACGCGAUGGAGCACGAGGUCGUCUUCCUCGACGCGCUCACCGAGCCGUGGGCGGCCGACCUCGACGCCAUGGACGUGAUGGUGAUCUCGGCGGGGCACUGGUUCCCGCACGGGGCCAUCUACUACGACGACGGCCGGAUCGUCGGCGUGCACAACCGGCCGGACAUGAACCGCACCGAGAUGAGCGUCGUCGACGUGUACCGCAAGGUGAUGCAGCGGACGCUGGAGCGCGUGAACUCCAUGUCGUCGGGCGACAAGCUCGUCGUGGUGGCGACCAUCCCGCCGGCGCACUUCGACAGCAAAUACAGCUGGAACCACCGCGACGCGUGCUCGCGCCAGACGCCGUACGACGCCGGGGAGGCGAAGGUGGAGGACACCGAGGCCGCGCUGAGGAAGGUCGUCCUCGACGAGGUGGCGAUCGCGGCGGCGAGGCGGCGGCGGCGGCGGAGGGGGCUGCGGUUCGAGGUGCUCGACGUGACGAGGCUGGCGUCCAUGCGGCCCGACGCGCACCCGGGGGUCUACAUCUUCAAGCACGCGUACGCCGGUGGCCCGGUGCCGGAGACGGCGCCGAACGACUGCCUGCACUACUGCGCGCCGGGGCCGGUCGACACGUUCAACGACAUCCUGAUGCAGAUGAUCGCCGGCGGCGGCUAGACGCCGUCGAGCUCCGCACGCCGCGCCCUAGCUAGCACGUACGUGGGCGGUGUGGCGCGUCGCACGGUCUCUCCGUGCCAGGCGGAUCGAUCUAUCAUUCUUUGACAUUUGACUUUGGCAUGAGUUUUCUGAACUAUUUACUCUUCUGCCAUAUGAUCAUGAGCAUGUACGUGAGCCUAGAACAUGUCGAAGUUCUCUAAAUUUGGUUAUCCAUAUCUUUAUUUAGAAAUCAAUUUUACAGUCUUUGAGAAGGUAACAGGAGUUACCAAAAUUUUAGUGUAAAUUUGGUAACUUUUGGUAUCUUAUGUACUAUGAGGUACUAAAUUUUACACUAAAUUUUAGUACCUCUUGGUACCUACUCAAGAAUCGUAAAAUUGCUCUUAUUUAGAUGAUUAUAGAAAACAAUUUCAUCCUUCGUAUCUCUCUGUACUCCAGCAGAUUAUCUAUAUAUGACA